CCUUUAAAUCAAUCAACUAAAACACAAUGCAUAUGACAAUUUCCCUCAAUCAGCCUUGGGCCUAUUUGUUCACCCUACAAAUUUACUGGCUAUGACUCUACUAAGCACAAAUCUAGGAACGGUCUGUGCUAAUGCUGUUACUCCCGAAAUUCCCACAGUUAGCGACAAUGAAAAUGAAUUUAUGAUGGAUAAUGAUGAUGAUAUGGUGCAUUCAUGGGAUAAGAGAGAGGCACAAACAUGGGGUGAUUUAUGCAUCCAUGGGGUAAGAGGAAGCCAAUUUUUAGCGCCAUGAUGGAAAAUGGAGAAGUGGUGCCAGUAUUGGCAUUUUUUUGCAAAUCCCGCCGCUAACUAUGAAAACAAUGAUGUCGAAAAUGAGAAUAUUCUGAAUGAAAAGAGAGGUUGGAAGAAAAUGAAUGUUGCCUGGGGUAAGAGACGUAAUGCUGGACCCUACAUGAAUAGAGAUUUUGUACCUUCUGCUGCAGGCGCCAGUUCGUGGGGUAAACGUGAACCCAAUUAUAAUUUGAAGGGAAUGUGGGGCAAGCGGGCCGGCAAUAAGGAAUGGCGUAAAUUAGCUGGUAGCUGGGGUAAACGCUCAGGACAAUUAGCUGAAAAAACCAAUAAAUUCGGAAAAAACCAUAAGACAACAAGGAUUCUAUAUGUAAAGUAAUU